AUGCCAUCUAUCCACGGCCCUGCUGCUCUCUAUCCUCGCGGUCUUAAUGAACUCAGCGCUCAACUUCUUCCUCGUUUACGUCGUAUCCCCGAAUACAGGUGCUGGCUUCCUUCUGGUUAUGAAAUAGAUACCGCUGUUUGGAACCCGCCGGGGCGGAAGACGGCGCAGACUUCAACAUUAUGGCACUGUCUAGCUCAAGGCGCUCCCCUGAUCAUUCUCCUUGAUCUACUUGGUUCUAAAACUGGCGGAUCAUCUCUUGCAUAUAAAAGCGAAGACAAUAAGGAUUCUCAAGCGGUAGCUGCUGGCUUUGUCGUGGAGUUCCAGCGCCGAGUAGAAAUUCUUGAAGCCCAAGGUCACCUGAGCUAUGGUGAAGUCUUCAGAGUGCAUGAAUUUCUUAGCGGUUCUUGCAGCGAGUUCAUAAAGGUAUUUAGCCACAGAUUGUACGCCGCGGAAACGGCAAAAAUUCAAUCUUCGGCUUUCCAGGUUCUGAGGACUGUGCAAAGAGUACUCGGUUGCCUUGAAGCAACCUAUCCAAAUUUAUAUGACAUUCCCGACUCGCCUGGUCGACAACAAGAGCAUCUUUUCGACGAAUUCAAUGAGCAGCAAAUAAAUUAUUUAGAAGAUCUCAAAGAUAUAAAGGAAUGCGUCGAGACACUUCACGAGUCUGUCCCUGACACAUCGCUUGUCCUUGAAUAUGUAUCAGUCCACGUUGAUCGUAUGAUCUUGUACCAAGAGCACAUUAUUAAUUAUCUUCGAAGUAUCAAUGUUCAUUCAACGGAUUCAAUUCGCUGGAGUCAGCUAUUUGGAAUCAAGGAGCAUAUGUUCAUCCUUGGAUCCGGCGCGUACAGGUCGUACUGCUCGCAGUUCUUCUCAUUGAUGGACUUCACCGACGCAGUUUGCCUCGCAAAUAAAGAUGUCGAAUCUCUAUGUGAAAAAUGCUUCGCGUUAUCUCAGCAGCUAACGUUUCCUGUGGAUCAUGUCUUUUCAUUCAUUGAUACUUGUUCCUCGGCACUGGAGAUAACACAUCCCAUCGAGAAUACUCCGGUAUUUGAUGCAUUAUGUUCUGCGCAUUUGGCUUUGCAGAAUCUCAAGGACGAUAUAUUGGAAAUAAUGCGAAGCAAGCGCACGGCGUACGCAAAACGAUUUAUCCGAAAUAACACACCCUACGCACAUCUAAAUCCGGAUUGUCUAUCGCUUGGUGAACUCGUACUCGACGACAUUUUCCGCACACAAUUCCAAAAUUCUUCCGGUUCCAACAACAGUGCCCACAACGGAGGCGAGUCAGAUAAGUCCCAAACCCAAGAAAAGAAACCCGCCGGUUUCUUUGUCUAUGCCUUCCUUUUUCAGGACGUUCUUCUUCUUGGGAAACCCAUUGUGGAAGAAGGCUCUCCCGCUUUCCUGUCUUCUUGUGAGCUCCGAACUUGUUAUUCCGGUAACCAAUGGGACCUUGGGCCUGCGAUACGGAACGGAAGUCCGUUCGAUGUGUUGUGUGCUAUCUCGCUGGCGGAAAUUGUACACGUGUCUCGGCCGGAUAUUGAUGAUUUCGUGAUUAAUUUGACGUGGACUUCGGGUCAUGAAGGAAGUACGCUUAGUACGAUUGCGUUGACGUUCUAUGAUAGGAAGCAGCUGGAUGUGUGGAUUCGUGCGUUGUCGCAUUUGGUACCAGGUGAUUGUGUAUUAGCGGAUAUCUUCGAAUCCGAGGAGUGCGACGCGAGCACUUUGGACUUAGCUAGUUCGCUGUCCUGGUUGGAUGAGUUAGACUUCAACAGACGUUGCUCAGGCGCGAAAGUGAGACCUUGGAGUCUCAUAGCUCGCAAAGAAAGCGCUCUAUCUUCGUCGCUUUAUCUUUUCACAUGCAACAAAUCAAGCGAGCCGUCGAUAUUCAGUGCACUCUCAAGCUCGCGUUCCCGAAAACGCCGUUUCGAAGUUGCACUCUCCGCCUCGCCAAGAUCAUUGUCGUCGGCCCGCUCGCAGAGGUCCGCGGAGCUACUUGCGGAUCCUAGGAAACUCACAGAAGCAAUUCAGUCUAUUGAUGCCGUUCUUCGAGAGAAUAUUGAUGAACCUCCCGACUUGACCGGACAGAUCAGAAGAAUCGGAAACUAUCCGGCUGCGCAUGGAGGGUUCUCGGAUGUGUGGAAAUGUAAUUGGAUCACAGGUACACAAUGCCACAAGGUGGCAGUGAAAGUCUUACGUGGAAAACUGCUUGACAUAGAGCGCGAAGAUAAGAUGGCGAAGAGACUGCAUCAUGAGAUUAAGGUUUGGAAACAGCUUGAGCACGAGAAUGUCGUUCCUUUGAUGGGAACAUGCUCAGACUUCGGACGUUACAUUUCCUUGGUGUGCCCGUGGUAUGAAAACGGAAGUCUGUUUCAGUACAUGAAGAAGCAGCAAGAUAUACUGAAGCUCGUCGACAGGCUAAAACUUCUGUCCGAAAUCGCCGCAGGCCUAGCAUAUCUUCAUUCUCGUUCUAUUGUGCACGGCGACUUGUCAAGCGCGAACAUUCUAAUUGACGAUGAUGGCCAUGCGCGUCUCGGUGACUUCGGUCUGUCGACACUUGUGGAGGACCUUGUUGAUAGCGGGUACCCGUCCUCGAUGCUGGGAGGAGCGAUCCGUUGGUCCGCGCCGGAACUUUAUUGUGUCUCGUGUUUUGAUUACGAUCAUGCGGACUCGUCCGGACCUAGGGUCUCGGUGUCCAGUGACAUUUAUUCAUACGGCAGCAUUGCUCUAGAGGUUCUGUCAGGGAAGGUACCCUAUUACCAUCUGAAGCACGAUGGCCAAGUUCUCAUCGAGCUGAGCAAAAGAAUGAAGCCACAACGAACGGCUUCGCCUUUCCUUACGAACGACCUUUGGGAGCUUAUUCGAGAAUGCUGGAACGACAAUCCGAGUGCGCGGCCAUCAACAGGCCGCGUUUCGUCGCAGAUCUGCUUGCUCCAUCAGCGAACCCUCGCUAGGCAUUCAAUCCAUGCGGGGCGGUUCUAUGAAUAUCCCCGUUUGCGUAUUUGGGACAUUCAGACUGCUUACGAUCGUCGGCCACCGUCUGAGUUAAGCUUGAUAAGUGCAAGUGGUUCGAUCGGUAUGCGGGCGGGGAAAACGAGCCGAGGAGAAAUUCAUCGCCGAACUGUGGAGAAUAAGACAAACAGGUCAGCGGAUGAUGUGGACGCUGAUAAAUCCAGGGGGAAACCUCGGAGGUGGCCCAGUAUACAAGACACGCAGCUUUCAGUGAGAACGUUUUUGCGAAUAGGAAGGUCAGCUGCACAAAAGAGCACAAGAGAGCUGCUCAUCUCGCGAGUGAUGCGGAGAAUGAGAGGGACUCGGUUGAUACUGCUGCCUUCCAUUGCAGAACAGUUCCAUGUGGGCGCACGUCACAAUUUUCCAUAUUCGGAAGUGAACGUAACGCGUUUAAUAGUCACGGGACUGGCGGCACUGGAUAUUUUAUCAGCUACAAUCAUCCUUCGAAAAAUAUAUUCGGAAUUCAUUCGAAAUGUUGCUCAGCCUCUGACAUACAUAAUGGAGCACUUCCCAGCACUGCUCGGGCUUGUCUCCUACUCUCUUGUCGGAACCUCGCCUGCACUGUUAACGACGACGCCAACGCGCCGUUGA